UUCAGUUGUUUUUAAAACAAGUUGUCAGAUUUUCCGUUUGACUGAUGACCGUUCGCAGCCGAAUUACUUCGUCAUAGAAGAAGAAAGUCAUCAAAAGUCAUCGACAAAUUGGAGCCUCGAUUUGAAAAUUGAGUAGAUCCUUGUGUGCCACCUCAAUAUCCUGUUUAUCCCUUAAAAUCAACAGACAUGACUAGCGGGACAGAGACUGGAAACUAGAUUAGUUUAGCGAGAACACUGUGUGCGUGACGCUGGAGAUUGAAAAUAAUACUUCGGGUGGUCCAUCCAUGCUAAAUGACCAGAUUUCCGAAGGCCUUUUUCAGACAGAAUUGGUUUAUUCAACAGCAGGAUUUUGGCCAGGGAUCAAAUGCUCGCUACGCGACACAACACGAACAUACUUCGGUUAAUCUUUCGUCUUGAAUUCUGGCAACAACAUCUGGUUGCAGGUCAUCGAAGGGUUACCCAAACGCUUAACCUGAGUUUGGAUGUAAAUUAAGACAAGCGAUGAUGCUUUAGAAUUCUCACAGGUUGAAACGUAUCCCACUCAAACGUGAUGCGUAAUUCCUUCUAGAAAUGAACCUUCUUGAAGGUCAGAAAAUAUUUAAUGACCUCAGUCUUCUUCAUACGGAUUAAAUCCCGUAACUUUACACCGCACUCAAUUUAUUGCCACAGGUCGACUUAAUUGGUGUCCGUGCUAAUUUUAUCCUCGCUCGGCCUGUACAUUGGUAGCCUGAGCACGGAUAUAAUUGGGUUAGCAUGGCAAUGUUGCACAGCGUUGACUGAUGGUUCGCCUUCAUGAAGGGGUUUCAUUAUCACAUCUCAUCUCAACUGAAAAACAACACAAGAAGAAUUUUCUAAUCUGAUGGAACUAAACUUCUUGAUUCUAAGGAACCAUAUCUCAUACAUAAGAUCGUAAGGAAUAAAACUACGAGAUAAGGCAGUAAUCUCAGCCAUGUUUGCAAUAAAAAUAUAUUCGUAAUCAAAUGUACAUGAUUUUGUACAUGGUUUGAUAACGAUCUUUGAGGGCCACAACGAAGAUGAGCAGAAUCCAGCACACGACAUUUCGUAACGGAAUUGAAAAAAUGUCAAUUCUAUCUCAAAGAACUUCGUAAAAUAAUUUGGAUAAUUUAACCAGCCCAUAAAGGCGUAUUAAACGGCAAUUCCGUCAAUUAAACAUUUCCUCUUGUGAAACCAAUAUCCCAAUAUGUGCUUGGCCUGUGUAAUUAGGGAACACAGCACGAGCAUUUAGGAUAAAAUAAACCACGAUUAUUACUAUUAUUAAUACCAAGUCAACUAAGGCUUUUGCAAACUCAAGCUGGGUUACUUAUUUUCCAACUGAUAUUUUUGUCCGACUAUUGUUAUAAUGAGGUCAUAACAAUCGUGCUUCACGUUAAAAAAUGCCUCCCAUUGACAUGUUAGCUUGACAGGCGUGUACUUAAAUACCGUUUUCAAGAAGCACAUCCGCAAUUUACUCGAUAUAUAGGCUUGACCUGAGCUUCUGAUGUGUUGCUAGUUCAUUUAACGUUGCCUUGGUUAAGCGAGUGAGUGAGUUUUGCCAGACGAGGGGUAACUAUUGCAAUAACGCUUAUAAAUCAGGAUUACAUUAACCAUCACGACAACAGAUAAAGGACAGAUUACAUUUGAUCUAUAUCACUUAUCACGCGGUAAAUAUAACAAACGACUUCGAGACAGUCAAGAGAAUACGUAGCAAGCUAGUCAGGGUAAUAUGAUCAGAUGUUGAAGUGGCUACGUGGUUUAUAAGCUUAUGAUUAUAUCUAAAUCGAGGAUUUUCGUUGAUUUACAGGGAGUACCACAGACAAAAACAAGGUUUGAUUGAACACAGAGGCUGCGUUUAGAAAGUUGUAAACAUGAUUGAGAACAAGAUGGCAUUUUUGAUAAUCAUCGUUUGUUUUACAUUCUUAUCAAAAGGAACUAAUGCAAGAGAGCAACUCCAGUUACAGAGCAAGGAUUACUUGAAGUAUUCAAAGAGCGUGAUGACGGGCGCAAAAAUGGGCCUAAAAGAAUGUUACCGAGAGUUCAAAUAUGAACCAUGGAACUGUUAUGUCUCCAAUGAUAUCAAAGUGAUGCCGAUUGUGAACAGAGCGAGACUACCCCUAGCCAAUAAAGAGGCAGCUUUUAUUCAUGCGAUCACCUCAGCAGGAGUGAUGCAUUCCAUCAUAGUCAACUGCAGUUUGGGUCACCUGGAAAACUGUCGAUGUCUUCCAAAGAGCAAGCAGAAAGUGCGUUCAAGUCGAGAUGAUUCACCUGUGGCAUGGCAAUGGGGAGGUUGCAGUGAUAAUGUGGCGUUUGGUGACCUUGUAGCAAGACAUUUUGUUGAUGCUCUUGAAGGAAAAAAAGGAGAGAAUGAAGAUAGAAGAGCACUGAAUCUUCACAACAACAAAGUUGGAAGAAAGAUGGUAAAAGGAUCCACAAAGAAGGUGUGCAAAUGCCACGGAUCAUCUUCUUCAUGUACCACGAAGACUUGCAUGAAAAAGGUUGAAAAGUUUGAAAAAGUUGCUGACGCUCUGUGGGAGAAAUACCACACAGCCUUGAGAGUGGUAUAUAAGAAUGGCAGCCUGUUUGACCAGGUGGACAAGAAGGUCACAAAGAGGAGGGUAGAGUUGGCAUAUUUCACACGGUCACCAAAUUACUGUCGUCCCAACAGAAGGCUGAAGAUUCCUGGUGUUGAAGGACGAGUGUGCGAGGCUGGUUCACAGAAUGACUUGAAAAAAUGCACAAAACUUUGUGAAUCUUGUGGCUUGAAAAUGAAGCUCAAAGUGGUGACCAGAAAGGAAAAAUGUAACUGUAAAUUUGUGUGGUGUUGUUAUGUGAAAUGUGAGGAAUGCGAGAAGCGUGUUCUCACAGCGACAUGCACAAGAUAAGAACAGGCGUUUGUCCUAUGGAACACAGAUCUCUUUGUAUAAAAUAUAUAUCAUAUAUUAACUUAUUAUCAGCUCUUAGACGAUACAUAUUAUCAUCAGAAAAUAAUUCUGAUUGAGGAACGUCCUAAAAUUAUGGGAGUUGAUAACAGUUGAAUUGAGUGAAAUAACUAUGGUCCAUCAGGAAACAUGAGAUCAAUAGAAACAUGAAUUUGAACAGAUCCGCACACCAGCUGGGUGCAUUUCUAGUGUCUACCAAGUCCGAAGUCUCUCUAUAACAGCUAUUAUUGAUAUUAGUUUAGAUAACUUUACCUUGUUUGGAGGUUCCCAACUUUUAAAAUCUGACCAGGGAAUAGAAACAAUCCUGGAUUUUGAUCCUGUCAAUGACGUUGAGAUUACAAGAAAUGCACUCUGCAGUGAAGACGCCAGUCCUAAAAAAGAUAAAAUUAACACAUCUUUUAAAAGGUGUUUAUGACUGGGAGAAUUGUGUCUGUACAGAGCUUGAAAUUGUGUAACUUAUUAAAUUUUGUACGAAAUA